AAAAUUUAUUUGGUUGUUAUAUUGUAAUAUUAAAUAAAGUGAAAUAAUUAGACAUUUAAACUACCUCAUUAAUUAAAGAUGAGUAACAUGUCACCGUUCGGUGGUGGAAAGAACCCACCUUGGGUCAGAAAUGCUGGCCAGGGAAUUCAAAAUAUCCAGCAACAAAUUAUUGGUCAGGCGAUGAGUGGGAUGGGGGGACAACAAAUGGUACAAUAUCAACAACAAACCCAGCAGGUUUAUCAACAAAGUUUAGGUUUACAGCAGCCAAAUAUUACAAUGGCUUCAAUGGCCCAGUUAGGGUCAAACUUGCCGUCAAAUCUUGCCAGUCAAUUAUACCCUCAAGUAGCAACAGUAUCAUAUCCAACUCCUAGAUCAUUAAACACAAACGCGUUUCAACAAUCAGUCACUGGAGUGUCUGCUCAGCAGGUCCAGCAAAAUGUAUCCUCUCCGUCUACAAAACAGCGAGUUUUUACUGGAACAGUUACCAAAGUCCACGAAAAUUUUGGUUUUGUCGAUGAAGAUGUAUUCUUCCAGACAAACGCAUGUGUGAAGGGUUCAAACCCCGUGGUAGGCGAUCGCGUGCUGGUAGAAGCUUCCUACAAUCCAUCGAUGCCGUUCAAGUGGAAUGCAACGCGAAUUCAAGUACUGCCAAUGGGUAACAGCAAUAAUAGUGCUGGUAAUCAGCCGUCUGGACAGCAGAUGAAUCGCCAGCAGCAGCCAAGUAGACAAUCGGGCGGGUAUAAUGCUGUGCCACCUCCUAAUGACAAUAGUAGUAAUAGUAGUAGAUUUGUAAGUAAUAAUCCAACAAAUAACCCUCCAAGUAAUCGGAGCAAAGUCUCAAGAGUAAGAGAAAGAUCUUUACCUCGAGAUCGUCGUAACGACGAUGAAGAAAUUGAGCGGAAGCGUCGUCGAGAGGACAGAAUCAGGGAGCGAGAAAAAAAAGAGGAACGUAGUCCAUCUAGGACACGCCGCAGCAAAUCGCCUCGACCACGUCGACGCACACGAGUUGUACCGCGCUACAUGGUACAGAUACCAAAGAUUGCACUUGAUUUACCAGAAGCAGAUGUACUGGAAGUCCGGCGCCGUUAUCAAAAUAUGUACAUUCCCAGUGAUUUCUUCUCAACGAAUUUCCGAUGGGUCGACGCCUUUCCACCUCACAUGCCGUUUACGCUCAACAAACCUUGCACUUUUCAUGUUAUGCAUAAAGAUGUUGAGCCUUGUGUUGAGAAUACUGCAGUUUUGGAGCCGCCUGAUGCUGAUUAUCUUUUUUCGGCUAAAGUAAUGUUAAUUUCAAUGCCCGCAAUGGAAGAAAUUUACAAAAGAUGUUGCGGAGUAACUGAAGACCGCGACCCGGACCGCGACUACGUCCACCCUACCAGACUAAUAAACUUUCUCGUAGGCCUGCGAGGCAAAAACGAGACGAUGGCGAUCGGUGGGCCCUGGAGUCCUUCCCUGGACGGCCCAAACCCCGAGAAAGAUCCCUCCGUCCUCAUUAAGACUGCCGUCAGAACAUGCAAAGCGCUUACGGGCAUAGAUUUGUCUCACUGCACCCAAUGGUACCGCUUCCUGGAGCUCUACUACAGGCGCGCUGAGACGACCCACAAGUCUGGCCGAGUGGUGCCUAGUCGUGUUGAAACGGUGAUACUAUUUCUCCCAGAUGUUUGGAGCUGUGUGCCUACCAAGCUGGAGUGGGAUGGCCUGCAUCUCAGCUAUAAGAAACAACUGGAGCGUAAGCUGCUGCGUGGCGCAUCUAGUCCCGACGAUGCCAUCCUCAUGAUCGAUGCCACCAAUGACGCCAAUGAUGAGGCUGCCGUCGCUGAUCAAAAGGAUGACAUCGCUACUGAGAAGAAAGAUCCUACGCAUUACUCUGAGUUGGAUCCUAAGUCCAUGAAUGUUAAUGAAUUGCGCCAAGAACUGGCAGCGAGAAAUUUAAACUCUAAAGGACUCAAGUCGCAAUUACAGGCAAGACUUGUUAAGGCUGUUAAAUCUGAACAGGCUAAAGAAGAAGGAAGGCAGGAUGAAGUUGAAGAAGAGGAGGAAGUUGUCGCUUCUAAAGAUGAUAUUAAAGAAAUCAAGGAGAUUAAGGAUGGUAAAGAAAUUAAGGAUCCUAAGGAAGAUAAAAAAAGCAAAGAGUAUGAUGAAGAUAAGAAAAAAAAUAUAGAACGUGAACGUGCAUUAUUAGAAAAACGUUAUACAUUACCAGAAGCCUCAAACAUUAUUGUCCAUCCAUCUAAAACAGCUAAGAGUGGUAAAUUUGACUGCACUGUUAUGUCACUUAGUGUUUUAUUAGAUUAUCGUCCAGAGGAUACUAAGGAACAUUCAUUCGAAGUAUCAUUAUUCGCUGAAUUAUUUAACGAAAUGUUGAUGCGAGAUUACGGCUUCCGUAUCUACCGAAGCCUGUGUAGUCUUCCGGAGAAGAUCAAGGAGAAAGAGGAGGACAAGAAGAAGGAUAAGAAGGACGAUAAGCGUGAUGACAAAAAAGAUGAUAAAGAAAAACGGAAAGAUGAUGAAAAGAAGAGUAGUAAGAAGGAUGAUAAGAAAAGGGAGAUUAGUAAAGACAAAAAGGAUGAUAAAGAUGGUAAAGGUAAAAGUGAUGAUAAAGAACGGGACAAGGAUGACGAUGAUGAGUUUGAAGAUGAAGAGACUGAGGAUGAUGAUAAUUCAGUAAAAGACGGAAAACGUGAUAAAGAAAAAGACUCAAAGAAGAAAAAAGUAAAAUUGUAUACACAUGAUCCUUAUUUAUUAUUAUCGUUUGUAUACUUUGAUCAGACGCACUGCGGUUAUAUUUUUGAUAAAGAUAUUGAAGAACUUAUUUACACACUGGGAUUGAAUUUAUCUCGCGCUCAAGUUAGAAAGCUCGUCCAAAAAGUUGUCACGCGUGACUCUCUCCACUAUCGGAAGCUCACUGACAAAGCUCGCGAGGAGGAUUCAAGGGAUGUAAAGAAAGACGAAGACGGGUUGGAAAAAUCUGACGGGUCUGUCAAGGGCGACGAAGAUGAAGAUACUCUUAAAUCUUUAGCUCUAGGUAAUAAAAAAUUACUGCCAGUAUUCGUUGGCAGUGGACCACCGUCAAAGCGAGCUCGUCGUGAAAACAGCUCCGACUCCCAGAACACAGAGUCUGUACCCGAAGGCUUUGUUAUGUUCAAGGGGUCGUUGCUGGAUUUGGAGAAGCUGGUUAGUCAAUUGAAGAGAUCGGAGAAGGCAAGAUUAGAGACUGAAGCUCGCAUGAUGGAGAUUCAGCACGAUCUUAAUGCUACUAAUGAAAGACUGCACAAGCAGUCGAAUACUAUGAAGGAUAUUACGGAUGAUUUAAAAAAUUAUAAAGACAGGCUUCGGAGUACUGAUGAGAAAUUAAAGAAAACUGCGUCGGACUGUCACACAUACUUGAGUGCAUUAAAGAACGUGUACCACACGACAGCAAAAAUAGUUCAAGGGGAGUCUAAAAAAGUGGAAAUCGUAGAGAUUCAAGAUGAAAAAACUUCGGAGGUAAACGGGUCUCAGGACAGCAAAUCCAAGAGCGACUCCCGGUGGAGCGACAGCAAGAGCUCCAUAAAAAAAGAGCCCGAGGACAAGGACAAAGACAAAGACAAAGACAGUAGUAGCAGUAAGAAGCACGAGAGCAAAAAGGAGUCAGCUAUUAAAAAAGAAACGACUGAUACUGAUAAAGAUAAAGAUAAAAAAAAUUAAUAAUAAUAAUUUAUCACUUGUUUAUUGUAAUUGGUAUUUUUUACUAUUUAUAAAGAAUAAUCAAUUCGUUACACGAACUGUGUAGUAGUGCUUAGAUGCACGUUAAUCUGGAGAGCCGUCUUUGUCCCGAUAUUUUUAAGUAUAAAAAAAAUUGAUAAAAAACGUGAUCUUGUCUUUGAAAAUUAAUUAUUUUUUAUUAAAAAAUAAUUCAGCAUGCAAUAUGCAAUUUGUAAAAAAAUUGUUUAAUUUAAAUUGAAUCAUUUAUUUGGAUGUUUAAAUGUUAUUAUUUAAAUUUAAUUAAUUUCAGUGAAUGUUUUAUUAAUUAAUUCAUUUAUAAUAAAUCGGGUUGAAUUUAAUAAGCACUUGUGGAUACUAGAAAGUGUAAUAAGCGUGGAAAUAAAUUUUAUAAAAUUUUCACAUUUAAAAUUUAUACUUUCACCCUUGUUUCAAUUCAAUAGACGACGAAAUUAUUGUAAUAGAAGUGUAUAAUUAAUAAAAAUUGAUUAAUUACUAA